AUGGAGGCGUCCCGCGCUGCCCGCGCGCCGCUGCGCCGUCUGUCGCAGAUCGUCCACGGGCGGAUUUUCCCCGCUGGGGAGCUCUCCGGCGCUCGCUGUCGCUCGCUGAGUGGCCUGAGCGCUCUAGGCGAGCAGAGGGGCGGCGUGAGCCCGCGAGCUGCGGCCACCACGGAGACGAGGCGCGCGUCUUUCUUGCCUUGCAUCCCUGACAGGCCCUCGUGUUCUUCUUUCGCUCUGCGUGCGUCCCUCACCGCAACCUCGCGUCGUCGCUCCCUCACGUCUCUAGCCGCUAUCUCUGAAGCCUCAUCAUCCCCCCCCCAUGUGCCGACUUUCUUCGUGUCGUUUUCCUCUCUGAAGCUCAUGUCGCCUCGCUCGCCCCUUCAGGCUUCGCAGAACACGCCUGUGGCCUCCGUUCACUCGUCUUCCGUCGGUGGCGUUCAGCGGCGGCCUGUUUGUCCUUUCUCGUCUCUUCUGGCGGCGCCUGGCUCGCCGACCGCAGCCCGCCCGGGUUUGUCGCUCACCUCUGAGACGCCGCUUGCCUCUUUUCCGCGGCUGCCUCUCUCUAGAGAAGGAAAGAACACGCGGCACCGCGAGAGCUGGGCGAUGCGCACCUCGGCGCGCAGUGUGCGCACAGGCUUUUUCCGCACAGAUCCCGGUUUCAUCAACCCUGAGGACGUCUUGUUCGCUGAAGACCCUGGGCGGACGUGGGCGCACGCAGACGGCGGCGGCGACCUCGCUGCGGAAGUCUUGGAGCGCAGCAACGUUGGCAUGGGGACUUGCAUUCUCAACAACUCGGCCGGCGUUCUGAACAUGCGAGGCCUCUGCGGCCUGCAUCGCAAGCUCCGCGACCUCGAAGUGAACUCGCUCAAGCGCUUCGUCAUCCUGACGUCCCGCCAUCGGCACUUCUUCAGCGCCGGAUUCGACCUGAAGGAGCUCCUUUUCCUCGCUGAGUUGACGCAAAUGUCCAGUGCGAGCAAGCAGAAGACCAUUCCGCUGGUCGCGCUUUGGCAGCUGCGCAACCUCUGCGACAUCGCCUACCUCAUUCACAACUAUACCAAGCCGCUCAUCGUCCUCAUGAACGGCGCGACAGGCAUGUCUCCAAUACAGGGCAGCGGAGCCGCUCUGUGCUGUCUAGCAAAUCGCAGCGCAGCGUACCACUCGUCCUCCUUCACGUGUGACCCUACAGCUUAUGGGUGGAUUCCGGACUCGGGAAUGUCGUUCGUCCUCGCGAAUCUCCGCGGCUCUCUUGGAACUUUUCUGGCCCUGACCGGUCACACGCUCUCAGGCCCCGACCUAGUGUGGUCUGGCCUCUGCAAGCACUGGGUGUCGCCGGAGGCGCUUCCCUUCUUGGAACUCACCGCUGAGAAACAGCUCGAAGUGUCUGAACGCGAGGCCGCGGUGCUCCUGGAGGAACAUUUUCUGGAAGUUCCGGACACUUACUCCCUGGACGAGUGGGAGGAGAUUAUUCAUGAGCACUUCGAUGCCUCAAAUGUUGCGGAGGUCUGCGAGCGCCUGAAGGUCACUGCGUCGCGCAAAACUGCAAGCGUCGUCGACCAGAUGCACGCAGCCUGGGCGCGCGCCGUUUUGGAUCGUCUUGCGCAGCGAUCGCCCUUAGCCGCCGACGUCACCUUCGCGCUUAUCCGCAGCGUCAAGCAGCUGAAGCGCGACAUCAUUCAGGAGGCCGGAAUCUUCAGAAGCGAGUGGCACAAAAUUCGCCGGACAGGCCUGUCGGUGCCCUAUUCGCUCCACGGCGACUGCCGAAAGCAGGUGCUAGAGGCGAUCGAAGACCGACUCUUGCAAGAAGCCCUUCAGCUCGAGCUCCGCGCUGCGCUGCGUCUUUUGGCGUGGAGCCCCGAUAUCAUCACCGGGCUUCAAUUCAAGCUCGCGGGGCGCCUUGACCCCGAAUAUGCGUACCCUCCGCAGUGGAAGAAAGGACAGUGGUUUCACAAAGAGAACUAUUUAGGCCCGUUGCCGGGCUUCUUCCCGCCGGCGUCGGGUUUCGGAGAAGCUGCAUCGGCUCGUGGGGGGCCGCAGAUCUCACCGUCCUGCGCAUACUUCUUCCCCUGUCCUGAGUUCUCGGUGGCCCCGAGGACGCUAUUCCCGCUGUCUGCGCAUCCCCUUCUUCGGCGCAUACACCCCGACUUCGAUGAAGACACAGGAAACGACCACGAUCCCUACGCCAUGCACAAGCUGCAAAUGCAGUGGAACCACAGUUUGUUUAUCCAGGAGCGCAUUCAGGCCCUCAAGCAGCUAAGAAGUCAAGCGCAGGCCAGAGAGCACGUAGUUCGCGGCGGCGCCAGUGCUCAGGAAGACUAG